UGGAUGCGACUAGACACGGUGAAUGGGGAGAUCACCUUACUCUUCAAGCUGCUGCAGAUCGUUUCGAAGCCAAGAUCUGCUUAGUCACAUCAUUUCGAGAACAAUCCUACAUUGAGAUACUUCCUCAUAACAAGAACCCUCUUAGAGAGGCUUGGCUUAGCUUCUGGAGCGAAGUGCAUUACAAUUCGUUAUAUUCUAGUGGAGUAGCUCUUGCUCUUCCAGAUGUUCCCACAAGAAAACCCAGAAAGAAGCAUUGGCUCUUCUAG